ACAGACAGACGAGACUGGAUUAGAGUUGUUCUCCAUGGCUGCUUUGGUCACUUCCAGGGACCUCGUCACCAUGACCACAGAUGAGAACCACAUCUCCGGGAACGAGACAUUCCUGGACUCACAGUUCCGCUACUCUCUCUUCCCCGCCUUCUACGGCCUGGUGUUCAUUCUCGGCUUGUUGGCUAACAUCUACGCACUCUUCAUCCUGCGACACAUGCGUGAUGCCAAGGCCAUGAACGAGAUUAGGAUCUACAUGACCAACCUGACUGUGGCUGACCUGCUGUUCAUCCUCAUUCUCCCCUUCUGGAUCGACUACUACCGUAACAAUGGCAACUGGAACUCCUCGGAAGCACUGUGCCGCAUCGCUGGUGCGAUGUACUUCAUCAACACUUACUGCUCUGUGCUCUUCCUCACCGUGAUUAGCAUCAACCGCUACUGGGCCGUGACCCGGCCUCUAGUCGCGGCUUCUUCUGAUUGCUGGAGACGAGGCAUCAUCGUGUCCUUCAUCGUUUGGCUCAUCACUCUUGCGGCCACGGCUAAACAGCUCACAGAUCGUGGCAUCCAGAAAGAUGGCAACAUUUCACGAUGUUUUGAAGGAUAUCACAACCAGUCACGCAAAGAAAAGAUAGCUGUAGCAGUUGCCCACUUUAUCAUUAUCGCCAUUUUCUUUGUUGUUUUCAUGCUCGUCAUUUUGUGUAAUGUACUAAUCGCUAACACCUUGCUAAAGCAGCCUAUCAGUCAGCCGAGGCCCAGCACGGGCAGGAGGCCACAGGGUACCAAACGGCGCGCUCUACGCAUGCUGUGUGCUGUCAUAGGGGUUUUUGUGGUGUGCUUUGUCCCACACCACGUGGUCCAGGGGCCCUGGACGCUAGCCGUUCUGGACCUGAUGAAAUGGAACCAGGAAACCCGCCAGCGUCUGAAUGAUGCCCACCAGAUCACCCUGAUGCUCAUGGGACUGAACUGUCUGCUGGAUCCUGUCGUCUAUUGCUUCGCCACCAGGAAGUUCCGCAAGUACAUCCAGGGGCACCUGCGUAAGGUCAAAGAUGGGAAAGCCUGCUCCACAAACACCACCAUCACCGGAGUGUCCAUGAAGGUGAAACACCAAAACGAACUGGUUAGCGUCUUUGAGGACUCCAAAGAGUAACUGUGUGUUCAAGGUAAAGCCACUUGCUCCAGAAACCAGAGCUCUUCAGUGAUACACAUGGUGCACAUGGUGAUUAAAUUACAUACAUACCAGAAAGAAAGUGAAGAGAAGUACUGGACAUUAAAGAGAAAUGUGAGUUGUACUGGACCUAAAAGUGACAGUCACAGGGACAGCGGUAUACAUAUUGGAUAUAAAAGAAGAAAUUGGGCUGUGUAUAAUGGACAGAAAGUGGAUAAAUUUGAUGCGUGCAUACAUAACAGGUCGAAAAGUGGAGUGUGUACAUGUACCAGACAUAAACAAGAGAUGUAAAUUGUGCAUACAUACUGGACAGAACAUAAUAUGAAAAAAUGAGGAGUAUGUAUACAUACUGGGUAGAAUGGAACGUGUGCACUUAUUUGAACAUUUGAGCUUUUGAACGGAAGGAAUUUUGCAGAUGUUUACCUAAACGACUGCAGAGCAUAUAACAUCAUUCAGACCAUGAAUAAUGUUCCAGUGUAUGGGCCAGUGUAUGUACAGGUGAUCAUAACAUUUUUCAUAACUGCUCUUUAGAAAUAACCUCUUUAGGAAUUCCAGAAUUUCAAUUAUAACCAUAUUGAUAUCAAACCGUACAGAAGGCUACAGUGGUUUUGUGAGGUUCUUCCCAUUCUUAGCUGCAUUUCUUCACACCCCUCUUCAUCUUCUUGUGCAACUUCUCUAGUUCUCUAAAAUGCAGGAAAUUCAGAAAUAACAGACCAUGAGACUCAGGGCUUGUCCCCCCACGGGAAGCGUGCACGGUUCUGUUUGCAGCCAUGAGUUCUAUGUAGAUCUAUCUAAUGGUGCUGUAUGGUUCUACAUAGUGCUUUUUGUUCUACAUUCUGCUAUUGUUACAGUGUCAAGUUUAUCACAGUAGAAGAACCGUUUUUGGUGCUGUGGUUCUUUUUAAGUUUGUAGGCUUCUAAAUGGUUCUUGACUUGGAUGGAUGGGUUAAAGAAAAACUCUCCAUUGGUAAAAAUACUGUAGAUUCAGUGUGUUUUAGAGUUUUAACUGAUUCACUGAAAUGAUCAUCAAAGACUUCAUGAGCUGAAUCAGGUGUUAGAGCAGGACUGUAAUGUAUUACUACUCAAAGAACCAUGGUACCACGGUUUACGGUGCCAAAAAGGGGUCUUCUACUGUUACACGCUUGACACAACAACAGAACUCUUUUUGGUGCUAUAUACACCUUUCCCCAUGCAGAGAGCCAUUUAAGCAUGCAAAUGGUUCUUUGAGUGUUCAUGGUUUUAUAGAACCAUUGGCCUUCCUAAAGAACCUUUCAAGAACCAAUUGUUUUUAAGAGUAUGUAUGUAUGUGUAUGGAAGCUGGUCUGUUGUCUUUAAGUUUUUUUUUGACAUGAUUUAAAAAAGACUUUUGACGUUGUGGGAAAAUUUCAUGAUGAGCGGAUGAACAGAAACAGCCCACAGUUACUUAGAAAAAUAUCUCUCCAAUUAGUUCCAUCUAAAUUUAAGAAUGUUUCUCUUUCUCUUGUAAUGCUGGAUUUUCAUAGAUACUGUGUUCUGUUCUGACAGCAAUGACUUAUUUAUUCAUUUUUAAUAUACAGGAUAUUACAGAAAAAUUAUUAUAUGUACGUGUGUGUGUAUGUGUACAUUUGUGUGUGUGAGUGUUUGUAGUGGUAUACUUGUGAGGACCACAUGUUCUCACUAUGUUAGCAAUACAUACAAUUUUUGCUUAAGUAAGGACAUUUUGUUGAGCAUGUGUUGUUUUCACCACAGUUAAUUUUUAGUGAGGUAGAGUACCACAGAUGCAAUUCUUGCAUUGAGAGUGUUGGUAGAGAAGUACAGAGAAGGUCAGAAGGAGCUACAUUGUGUCUUUGUGGAUCUAGAGAAGGCAUAUGAUAAGGUGCCAAGAGAG